GUGCCCCGCGCGGGAGGCGCUGCCCCGCACCGCCCUCGGGCGGGCUCUGAAGGAGCGGACGCGGUGACGUUACGGGCGGGGUGAGGGGUCACCCGGUACGAGGGCUCCGGGCCCCGGUGAUGGCGGCGCGGCGGCUCCGCGGGGCUGUGCAGGGCCUCGGGGCGCGGCAGCGGCUGCGGGCGGCGGCGGGGCCCCCCGCGGGACACGCAGCCCUGUGCGGCCUCCGGUUGGUGACCGGCACCGAGUGCGACCCGCGGCUCCAGCCCGUCCGCUGCUUCCUCAACCUCACCACCAGGAGGAAGGAAUACUCGGAGCGGCGCAUCAUCGGGUACUCCAUGCAGGAGAUGUACGACGUGGUGGCCAACGUGGAGGACUACAAGCACUUCGUGCCCUGGUGCAAGAAGUCGGUGGUGGUGGGCCGGCGCGCGGGGCACCUGCGGGCGCAGCUGGAGGUGGGCUUCCCGCCCGUGCUGGAGCGUUACACCUCCAGCGUCACCCUCGUGCGCCCGCACCUCGUCAAGGCUGUUUGCACCGAUGGGAAGCUCUUCAACCACUUGGAGACCAACUGGCGCUUCAGCCCCGGCAUCCCCGGGUACCCCCGCACCAGCACCGUGGACUUCUCGAUCUCCUUUGAGUUCCGCUCCCUCCUUCACUCCCAACUGGCCACGGUCUUCUUCGACGAGGUGGUCAAGCAGAUGGUGGCCGCUUUUGAGCGCCGGGCGGCCAAAAACUUCGGGCCCGAGACACGGAUCCCGCGGGAGCUCAUGUUCCACGAGGUCCAUCAGACGUGAGGGCGGCUCCGGCCACACAGACUGCGCCAGGGCCCCCCCCUCCACCUAUUUAUAUGGGCACUGCUGCAUCACCUCCAUCCCCCCCAUCCCGGGGGGGGGGGGUUUGGGGGUGCCGAGAGCCCCCGGCCCCAGGGCAGGAGCCGGCACUGGACUCAUUGCAGCCGAUUUGGGUUUUAAGUGUUUUAGUCCCCAAGAGCUCGUUUUGGGCUUGAUUUGAUUGAUUUUUACCCCCUUUUUUGGUUUCUUUUAUUUCCUGGGGGGGGGGGGAGGGGGUGUCUCGCUCUGGAAGGGGUUUUUGGGGCAGGGACAGGGACGGGACCCUUCCUUCCCCUUCCAGGAGCCAUAGGGCAGGAGAUGGGCGCAGGGGGGACCCGGCCCCACGUCGCACAGUUUGCACAAGGCACACGCACAGGGUGGGAGGGGGCUCACGCUGCCCCCCCCCCGCCACCCCCAUCACCUUUCCCUCCCUUCAGCACCCCCACGGGGGUGGGUCUGGGGGGGUGUCCCCCCCCCCGUCGGUCGGGCUCUUUCAGGCCAAUAAAGAGUUAUCCCAAGG